CUUGUGAAACAGAUGAAACUGAACGAUCGACUUGUCUACACUUGUGUCAUAGAACGCAGCGGAAACAGAGGCCCCAUUGCUAACAAAAUAAUUGUAACUUCUGCAAAGCAUUGUCUGUCCUCCGCAGCUGGGCAAAACCUGGACCUGAGUCAAACAUUUCACGACAUCUUUUCUGAGGAAACAGUGGAAGAUAUUGAGUGGUACAGAGUCUCACAAGAUGGAACGAAAGUGAAAAUAGCAUACUGUAGCCCCUCCUCGCCAUGCAGGUUGGUGGAAAAUUGCAUCAGCUCCUGUCCAGAGUACCUAACAAGACUGAAGACAGACGGGGUGUCAAUCAUUCUGUCCAAUGCCACAGAGGCUGACCGUGGAUUGGAAUUUCAAUGCCAGAUACAUCCUAAGAUUAUGACCAAAGGACCUCGAGUUUACAUGAUCAGGAUUAAAGAAAUCUCGCCACGAGCUGUAGAUGAUAUCAACCGAACAACUGUCACAACCAGGACAACGGCAACAUCUGCUGCCGACACGACAGCACCCACUGGAACCAACCCAGGAUCUUACAGUAUACAGAAGAACAGCUGGUUGAUAGCGUUAAGUGUUGUGAUUAGCUUGGUUAUGGCGCCAUACGGAAUCUCUUAAAUUUUUCCUGUUCCAGAAUACUGUACUCAGCGUUAUCGUAAGGUUGUCUUGUUUCGAAGCCUUCCCAUUCCCGCGCGGUCAGUUCGUUUCGGGUCACGUGACGGAGGCGAAAUUCCCCUGAGGUGAUCGCCGGGGUAACGUUACCGAAACGAAUCCACCGUGAAUUGUAUGUUUGAUGUAUCAGGCCAGUAUGUUCUGGGUUAAAUGGAGAGAACAAAUAACAAUACAACGGUGUAAAACUCAAAAUCCUUCUUUAUUGAGGAAAAAAGUAGUUAAAAAUUUUUUCAUCUCUUCUUUCAAUAAUUUGUAGUUGCAUGAUUAUGCAAAUCUUUUUUCUAAAUGUAGCUUAUGUAAGAGUGUUUAAAAGUAGUCUGCAAUAAGAAUGCUGUACGCGUUGAAAUAGCCUGCAUUAUACAGAUAAUCCUGCAAAUAAUUGUGAAACAUGAAAUCUGAAAGCAUCAUAAUAUGUAUAUAAAUUAAAUUCUGGCCUUCAGUCGUGCAAUGUAUGAUUUAAAUAUCUAUUUUCAUGUACAAAUAUAUGUAAAAGAUAAUGGCACUUGGAUGAUGUAUGGAAGAUUUCGUAGUUUUUAAUGCCUAUAGGGUCUAAUAGGUUGGAAGGGCUGUGUUUAAAGUGAAAAAGUACCGUGCUGGAAAAAAUCCUGUCAAAGUUUGUAACCAUCAAUCUGUCGGGCAUUAUUUGAAUGUGGAAGAUUGACAAAAUGCUUUACUUCCUUUGUAUUGCGUAUUAUAUCUAAAUAGUCAGUAUUUGCUGCGUUUCUAUUGAUGAAUAAGGCCCAAGUGAUGGACAUGACCGAUUAAUCAAUGAAAAUGAUUGUAUAAAGUAUCUAAAGUACAUUUAAAAAGUUAACUACACUGAUUGCAUAAAGAAACUUGUCAAACAAAGGGAAAAAGCUGGAUGCAUGUUGUUGGUUCAGAAGAUAUCAAUAAAACGAAGGAAU